AUGGAAGAAACUCUAGCCCCAAGAAAGGACGCUUCACCUUUACUUAGGCCGGAUAAUAAGAGACCGCGUGAACCCAAUCAACGAGACGACACUCCUCGGGUUAAGCCAAGACAAAACCCCCAACCAGAAACCUUUACUCCCUUGAAUACAUCAAGGUCCAACAUCCUGAUGGAGAUGAAGGACCUCAAAGAGCUUAAAUGGCAUCCCAGAAUGCGGUCAUUACCUGAAAACAGAGACAGAACCAAGUACUGUGACUUUCACCAGGACCACGGACAUACCACUGAGGGUUGUUUGGAUCUGAAGCAACAAAUUGAGGCUCUCAUUAGGAGGGGCACGAUUAACGUUAUUGUCGGAAGAACAGCUUCAGGAGGAGACACUAAUAGUGGAUGUAAGCAGUAUGCUAGACAACUUCCAGCCUCCUCCAAUACAGAUCUUACUCAUACGGAAGAUAUCACCUUCGGGUCAAAGGAUUUGGAAGGAAUGUCCUUUCCCCAUGAUGACGCCCUACUCAUAUCAGCUAUCAUAGCUAACUUCGAGGUCAAGAGGAUUCCUGUGAAUAACGGAAGUGCAGCUAAUGUACUGUCUCAUGAAGCUUUUGUUCAGAUGGGUAUUGUUGGAUUACCCAUGACUUUGGGAUCUGAAGAUCGACAAGUAACCCAUAUUAUAACUUUUAAACUUUUCCGAACUCUGAUUGCCUACAACGCCAUUCUAGGGAGACCAUUGCUAAAUAAAAUCAGAGCUAUUAUCUCAACUUUUCACCUAGCAAUGAAGUUCCCCACAUGUAGUGGAGUUGGAGUCGUCCGAGGAAGCCAAACCAUGGCACGCCAGUGCUAUGUGACUAGUGUCCGAAAAACGAAGGGAGACGUCAUGCAGCUUUCAGAGCUCGAGCUCGAGCUUGAAAAUCGUAGGACACUCACCCCGAAAGAGGAGUUGGUCGAGGUCGAGCUCAAGCCUGGUAGGAAGGUGACAGUAGGACGUGAUCUUGAUUCAACCAUCAUGGCUAAACUCAUAAGUUGUCUCUCCCAAAACUAA